GCUUAUAAACUUGGCAGCUGCUUCCGCUGCGAUCGAAUCCAAGCAGACCCUUUCGAAAUCCCGUCGCCUUCUCCGCCGCCGCCGCUCGAUCUAGACCAGAGGUUCUCUCCGAAGCCCGUUCGGCGAUGGCGACGAUCCAGUCCGUGAAGGCGCGCCAGAUCUUCGACAGCCGUGGCAACCCCACCGUUGAGGUCGAUGUGUGCUGCUCAGACGGAACCUUCGCUCGUGCUGCUGUUCCCAGCGGUGCAUCAACUGGUGUUUAUGAAGCUCUGGAGUUGAGGGAUGGUGGAUCUGACUACCUGGGCAAGGGAGUUUCCAAGGCUGUUAACAAUGUGAACUCUAUCAUUGGACCUGCUCUUGUUGGCAAGGACCCUAUGGCACAGACUGAGAUUGACAACUUUAUGGUUCAGCAGCUUGAUGGCACUAAGAAUGAGUGGGGAUGGUGCAAGCAAAAGCUUGGUGCUAAUGCCAUCUUGGCUGUGUCACUAGCUGUUUGCAAAGCUGGAGCUAGCAUCAAGAAAAUUCCUCUUUACCAGCACAUUGCCAAUCUUGCUGGCAACAAGCAAUUAGUUUUGCCUGUCCCUGCAUUUAAUGUCAUCAAUGGUGGUUCCCAUGCUGGAAACAAGCUUGCUAUGCAGGAGUUCAUGAUCCUGCCUACUGGAGCUGCCUCAUUCAAGGAGGCUAUGAAGAUGGGUGUUGAAGUUUACCACAACCUGAAGUCUGUUAUCAAGAAGAAGUAUGGGCAGGAUGCCACCAAUGUUGGUGAUGAGGGUGGUUUUGCUCCGAACAUUCAGGAAAACAAGGAAGGACUUGAGCUCCUAAAGACUGCAAUUGAGAAGGCCGGAUACACCGGAAAGGUUGUUAUUGGGAUGGAUGUUGCUGCUUCUGAAUUCUACAAUGACAAGGACAAGACAUAUGACCUCAACUUCAAGGAGGAGAACAAUGAUGGUUCACAGAAGAUAUCUGGAGACAGCUUGAAGAAUGUAUACAAGUCAUUUGUGAGUGAGUACCCCAUUGUCUCGAUUGAAGACCCAUUUGACCAGGAUGACUGGGUUCACUAUGCUAAGAUGACUGAAGAAAUUGGAGAGCAAGUACAGAUUGUUGGUGAUGACCUUCUUGUCACCAACCCAACUAGGGUUGCGAAGGCUAUCAAGGAGAAGUCAUGCAAUGCUCUUCUGCUUAAGGUUAACCAAAUUGGAUCUGUUACUGAGAGUAUUGAGGCAGUGAAGAUGUCAAAGCAUGCUGGCUGGGGUGUGAUGACCAGUCACAGGAGCGGUGAGACUGAGGAUACAUUUAUUGCUGAUUUGGCAGUUGGUUUGGCCACGGGUCAGAUCAAGACUGGAGCUCCCUGCCGAUCUGAGCGUCUUGCCAAGUACAAUCAGCUUCUUAGGAUCGAGGAAGAGCUUGGUGCUGCUGCUGUCUAUGCUGGUGCCAAGUUCCGCGCACCUGUCGAGCCCUACUAAGCUAGAGCGAUGCUGGAGGCUGAACCAGAGUUUGAGUUUUGUUAAAAAGGUUAUUGCACCCUCCACUAUAUAUAACCUCUGGUCUGGAUUGAACUUGCUAAAGUUCUUGUGAUCGAGCAAUAAGUUCCCACUUAUUUUUGGGAGACGGACAUGUAACAAAAGAACUCCAGUUUUGUUUUUUCUAUGUUGAGACUGUAACAUGCUCGAUCAUAAUGUAGGCGGCUUUUGUUUUGGAUUA